UUCUAGGGAGAGCUGCCGGUUGGGACUUGGCAACAGCGUUCAUAAUUUACAAAGCGAAAGUAGCGCUUCUAGUUGCUACUGUGUUCAUGUUGUGCUUUUGGUUGUAAUCAAACUGGCUGAUCACAUAAUAUAACUGUUUAUUACUAGUUAAGACAUUGUUUUAAAAUGUCACGAAAACAUGCUACAGCAGAUAGCCGUAGAAGUACGGCUGCACAAUUUUUUAUGGAUGAAGAAGGUAUGGAGGCUACCACAGCGAAGACAGCGAAUUCUAAAUCAUUGGCUAAACCUAAACAAACUCACGACAAGGUAGUUGAUUUGAUUAAUCAAGCUGUAACAUUACCGAAAGAUAGUAAAAAAGUAUACAACUUAAAACAAGUUCAAGAAUUAAUUAUUCAUAAAGAACCAAAUUUAUUAGACAAUUUUUUAGAUGAAAUGCUAGCAUUUCAACAUGAUAAAUCUUCAGAUGUUAGAAAAUUCAUUGUAGGAUUUAUUGAAGAAGCAUGUAAGAAGGAUCCUGAAACAUUACCAAAAGUAGUAGCAAAUUUGAAUAUGAUGUUGGCAGAUGAAGCUGUUGCUGUUCAAAAACGUGUUAUACAAGCUGCUACUCAGUUAUUUAAAGUAGCUUUACAGUGGUUGUGUAAAGCAAAGACUAUAGAUGAUGUUAUGGAAUCAACAUGGGCUUAUAUGUCAAAAUUAAAAACUCAGAUCAUUCGUCUUCUAGAAUCUGAAAAUGAUGGGAUUAGAACUCAUGCUAUCAAAUUUAUUGAAAUGCUUGUGAUAGUCCAGACAUAUCCUGAUGCUGACAGUCCUAAGAAAGGGGAAAAUGAUAUAGCUUUAGAUGAAGUACCUCUUAUUUUGAAAGUUAUUAGGCCACAUAAACUUGAAGAAGAGGCUAAACAAAUGUUUGAGACUUUAGUUGUAUUUCAUGGAACUGCACAUAUUUCAAGUGUUAAUUUAAUGGCAUGCAUGCAAACAUUAACUCUUAUUGCAAAACAUCGAUCACAGUUUAUGUCUAAAGUUAUACAAGCACUUGAGGCAUUACAUGCUAAUUUGCCUCCAACAUUAGCAAAAUCUCAAGUCAGCAGUGUUAGAAAACAUCUCAAGCUCCAGUUAUUGAUUUUGUUAAAACAUCCAGCAGCUGUGGAUUUUCAUACUCAAAUAACAACUUUAUUGACAGAUUUGGGUGCUACUCAACAAGAAAUAAUGAAAAGCAUGCCUAAACCAGAAAAUUUGAAGAAAAGAACAAGAAUUACUGAAGAUUCUGCUACUUCAAAACGUAUAAAAUUAGAAGCAGAAUUAGAGGAUGAAAAAGAAGAAGAAGAAGAACAGUUAGAAUCUGCACAGAUAUCAAAAGCUGCAACAAAUACUGCAAUUGAUAUAACUGCAGAUGAUAUAAUGCCAAGAUUGACUUCUUUAAAUGUUACUGAUCUUGUUCUUGUUAGCAUGCUUUCAUUACCAGAAACAAUGCCAGCACAGUUUCAAUCAUCUUAUACCCCCAUAGCAGUUGCAGGGACAUCAUCACAAAUACAACAUUUGGCACGAUUGAUUGCUACACAAUUAACAGCUGCAGGAUUAGGAAAAGGUGUUGAAGAAAUGUCAAGAGUACAAGAAGAAGAAACUGCAAUGGAAGAAGAAGUCAAUACAUCAACCAGUCAAACGAUUGAAACUGUAGUGGGUGGAACAGUAGGAAGAGAGAUAAAAAGAAAAUUACCUGUACUUCUAUUACCUACUGGAUCACAGGUAUUUUUGAAUUAUUAUUUUUAUAUUAAUUUAUUUUUAGGAAGUGCUGCAUUGGGUGGUAUAUCUCAGAUAAGAAUAAAAAUUUUAGCAUGUCUAGCCACUCAGUUUAGAGCUGAAAUAAGUGAAAUGUUACGCAACUUCAUUUUUGAAGAUUUUCGAAAUCGUGCUGAUGUUGCAUUUGCUUGGUUAUAUGAAGAAUAUGCAACUUAUCAAGGAUUUAAUCAAAUGUCUCAGCUUACAAACAAACCUUCUAUAGAAUAUUAUGAAAAUUGUUUUUGUUUGCUUUUAGAAGGUUUAUUAUCAAAAGGAGAUCAGAAAGAAAGAGAUAUGUAUGAAAAUUUAAAAUUUUUAAAUAUAUUUGUUAAAAUAGUUAUAAGGAUUGUUUUAAUCAUAUAUUCAGAUAUAUCAAAAAGUAAAAGCACAAGAAGAAUGAAACAGUUAAAUUUAAAUGAAAUAACUAAGCCUUUAACAAAAGAAGACUCUGAUAACCUUGUAAUAUCUGCUGUUGAAAGAAUUUUGAAAGCUGAAAGAAGUGCUGCAUUGGGUGGUAUAUCUCAGGCAACUGUGUCUCAAGGUCUUGCAACUCUUAAGGCUUUAGUUGAACGCCGUCCUCCUAGACAGCAGCAUUUUCUUGAAACAAUAUUACAAUUAUCUUUAAAUGAAAAAAUGGAAGUAAGAAAUCAAGCAGUCCAUGUCACUAAAGAACUACAUGAAAGAGGCCAACUUAGAACACACAUUGAGGAAUUUGCUUUGAAAAGUUUAAAGUAUCUUCUUAAUAAUUCACCACCAGCAGUACUUGUUUCUGAUAGAUCAAGACCAUUAUCAGGGACAUGGACAGAAGAAUAUACAAAAGUUUGUCUUCAUUUAUAUUUAACUCUGCUUCCAAUCAAUCACAAAUUAAUUCAUGAUUUAGCUUCAGUAUAUGUUGGAACUGUUGCAAGUAUUAAAAGAACAAUCCUCAGAGCUCUGGAAAAUCCAGUAAAAGGAAUGGGAAUGGCAUCACCUGAAUUAUUACUAUUGGUAGAAAAUUGUCCAAAAGGUGCAGAGACACUUGUAACAAGAAUUAUUCAUAUUUUGACAGAUAAAGCUCCUCCAUCAGCAGAAUUAGUUGCUAGAGUUAGAGAUUUAUAUCAUAAACGUGUACCUGAUGUAAGAUUCUUAAUACCUGUAUUAAAUGGUCUUACAAAAAAAGAAGUAAUAGCUGUUCUGCCAAAAUUAAUAAAAUUGAAUCCAAUUGUGGUGAAGGAAGUUUUCAAUCGAUUACUUGGUAGUCACACUGAAUCUGGAACAAGCUACACAAGUCCUCUGAGACCAGAUGAAUUGCUUAUUGCUUUACAUAAUAUUGAUCCAUCAAAAUGUGAUAUGAAAACAAUUAUAAAAGCUACUUCGUUGUGCUUUGCUGAAAAGCAUGUUUAUACACAGGAAGUAUUAGCAGUAGUUAUGAAACAGUUGAUGGAACAAAAUCCAUUGCCAACUCUUCUAAUGAGAACAGUUAUCCAAUCAUUGUCACACUAUCCCAGACUGAUUGGUUUUGUUAUGAAUAUUUUACAAAGAUUAAUUUUAAAACAGGUUUGGAAACAGAAAAAAGUUUGGGAAGGUUUUAUUAAAUGUUGCCAAAGAACAAAACCUCAAUCAUUCCAAGUAUUAUUACAAUUACCUCCAGCACAAUUGACUAAUGUAUUUGAAGUGAGUCCAGAUCUGAGAGAACCAUUACAACAACAUAUUAGUUCAUUUACUGAACAUCAGAGAGCUCAUAUACCACAAGCAGUAUUAGAUUUAGUCAUUGGAGAUAGUAAUGUAGAGAAAGAAAACCAGCUUUUGGAAGAUAUUUCACAAGAAGAGCUCCCAGCACACAUUAAAAAUGAAGAAUGCCUGGAAUCAUUAUCUCAGGGGCAAGAACAAGCUGUGCCCUUUGAAGAGGGCAUUGAAUGACUAGAAUAUUAAAUUAUAUGAACUUGUACAUAUUUACUGUAAACAUAUGAUUGUAUGUUUUGAUUAUACUUAACAUAAUUAAGUUCUUUUCACGUCAAAACUUAAUAUUAAAAAUUGAAAAUAAAUUUUUUAUUAUUACAA